GAUUUGGAUUUGAAACAAUCGGAUCGGACCGGUUUUCGAUUUUCAUAAAACGGAUUUUUAACAGUUCGGUUCCCUUUCGGAUCAAUUCGAAACAAUGGACUUUAACGAUUCGGAAACUGACAGCCGUAACAAAUACCCUAUUCAAACUUUCAAAGUGUAACAGUCUCUCCAACGAAUUAAAAAAGAUUACACAAUGAAAAAUUUCUUAAAAAUAUAAAUUAAUUAAAACUCGUAAAUAAAAAUACAAAUAUUACGCUUUUUAUCUUCAUCUUCUUCCCCACCACCUGUGACAUCUCCUGCAAACUCAAUACAUCCCUUUCUCUCUCCUCUAACUCAAAGAUUGCUUUUUUUUUUUAAGAAAUUUUUAAAAUACAUUAGUUUUUUGUUUUUUUUAAAUAAAAUUAAAUUAACCCAUCUUCCAAAAAAACCCGAUUUAAUCAUGAUUUAAUCUCCAUUAAAGCCCCAGAAAGAGCUUCAACCCAAAUCCUCAGAUCCCAAAAAUUAAAAAUAUGUCAAUAAAAAAAGACAUGAUUUUUAUAGGAUCAUUAAUAAUACUAUGGUAUUCAUCAAAUAUUGGGGUAUUAUUAUUGAACAAAUUACUUCUCUCAAAUUAUAAAUUUGGGUUUCCAAUAUUCCUAACAAUGUGCCACAUGUCAGCUUGUGCUUUUCUGAGUUACAUCUCCAUUGUUAUACUGAAAAUAGUUCCAUUACAAAGAGUAAAAUCAAGAUCACAAUUUCUUAAAAUUGUGACUUUGAGUAUUGUUUUUUGUGGGUCAGUUGUUGGUGGUAAUGUAUCUUUGAGAUUUCUUCCUGUUUCCUUCAAUCAAGCUGUUGGUGCUACGACGCCGUUUUUCACUGCUUUGUUUGCUUAUUUGAUCACUUUCAAGAGAGAAGCUUGGGUCACUUAUGCUUGCCUCGUUCCUGUUGUUACUGGUGUUAUUAUUGCUAGUGGGGGGGAGCCAAGUUUUCAUUUGUUUGGAUUUAUUAUGUGUAUAAGUGCCACUGCAGCGAGGGCUUUCAAAUCUGUUCUCCAGGGCAUCCUACUCUCUGAUGAAGGGGAAAAGAUGGACUCGAUGAACUUGUUGCUGUAUAUGGCCCCAAUUGCAGUUGUCGCCUUAAUUCCUGCUGUGUUUAUAAUGGAACCCACUGUAUUAGAAGUCUUUGCUUCUGUGGGAGAUCAGCAUAAGUUCAUGUUUAUAAUUCUUAUACUGAACUCAACCAUGGCUUAUGCAGCCAAUUUGUCCAACUUCUUGGUGACUAAGUAUACAAGUGCCCUAACUCUCCAGGUAUUAGGCAAUGCAAAGGGUGCAGUGGCUGUCGUUAUCUCAAUACUUAUUUUCCAGAACCCAGUUACCGUGAUUGGUAUUGGUGGUUAUACAAUGACUGUUCUUGGAGUAAUUGCUUAUGGAGAGACAAAGCGGAGAUUCAAGUAAUACAUUCUUUAUUUAUUUAUUAUCAUCUUAAAUAGGAAGAUUGAUUAGCUAGGUAUUUACACAUAACUAUAUUUUGUCAAUUGUUUCGGGUUUAACCCCUUGUAUGUUAGUAGCAUAUCUUGAGUAGAGUGGAGCAGUAUUUGUUCACAGAGAGGUCAAAACAGAGGUUAUAAUUCUGUUUUUUGUACUUAUUCUGCUCACCAGGCAAAUCAGCUUAAGAAAAUUA